AUGUUCAAGUUCGCGUCUCUCUUGGCUUUCGUGACGCUUGCGUCGUCUGUCGCCGCACAGGCUCCUAUAUACGGUCAGUGCGGAGGUCAGGGAUGGAGUGGGGCGACGGCUUGCGCUGCCGGCUCCGUUUGCACGUACUCGAACGACUACUACUCCCAGUGCCUCCCCGGCGCUGCCUCGUCGACCACGGCUCCUGCAUCCACCGUCUCCGUCCCGACAUCCACUGCCUCCGGCACCUCCUCCGCUCCCUCCUCGACUUCCACCGCUGCUGCCGGCAACCCCUUCGAGGGCUACGAGAUCUUCGCUUCGCCGUACUAUGCUGCUGAGGUCGCCGCUGCUGCCGCCAACAUCACAGACUCUACUUUGGCGGGCAAGGCAGCUUCUGUGGCGAACAUCCCAACGUUCACUUGGUUCGACCAGGUCGCGAAGGUGCCGACUUUGGGGACAUACCUCGCCAAUGCUACGGCGUUGCAGACGUCUUCAGGAUCGAAGCAGAUUGUCCCGAUUGUGGUUUACGAUCUUCCGGACCGUGACUGUGCUGCUUCCGCUUCGAACGGAGAGUUCUCCAUCGCCGACAACGGUGAAGCCAACUACAAGGACUACAUUGACCAGCUCGUCGCCCAGAUCAAGCAGUACCCCGAUGUCCGUGUCGUUGCGGUCAUUGAGCCCGACUCCCUUGCGAACUUGGUCACCAACUUGUCCGUCGAGAAGUGUGCUAACGCUCAGACGACUUACCUCGCCUGCGUGAACUACGCUAUCGAGCAGCUCGCCACCGUCAAUGUUUACAUGUACCUCGAUGCCGGACAUGCUGGAUGGCUCGGGUGGCCCGCUAACCUCUCGCCCGCCGCCACCCUCUUCACCCAAGUUUACCAAAACGCUGGAUCAUCCCCCUUCGUUAGGGGUCUCGCCACCAACGUUGCCAACUACAAUGCCCUCGUCGCCGCCUCUCCCGAUCCCAUUACCCAGGGCAACCCUAACUACGACGAGAGCCUCUACAUCAACGCCCUUGCCCCCGUCAUCCACUCCGCUGGCUUCCCCGCCCAGUUCAUCGUCGACCAAGGCCGUGCCGGUGUGCAGAACAUCCGUGCCGCCUGGGGUGACUGGUGCAACGUCAAGGGUGCCGGGUUCGGUACUCAGCCCACUACGGACACUGGCGACUCUUUGAUUGAUGCCAUCGUCUGGGUCAAGCCUGGAGGAGAAUGUGACGGAACGAGCAACAGCUCUUCGCCACGUUAUGACCCUCACUGCUCUCUCUCCGAUGCUACCAUCCCUGCUCCGGAGGCCGGUACCUGGUUCCAGACGUACUUCGAGACGUUGGUCAGCGCUGCGAACCCCGCGUUGUAA